CUUAGGCUGUAUUAUUCUGCACAGGAAACAUAGCUAUAUUUGUCAGGGGAUGGGAUCAGUGAGAUUUCUGUUGUUUUGCAUCCUGAUACACUUCAGUCUGCGGUGAAGCUUGAGAUUCCUUCAAUGUGUACAGGUGAGUAUGAAGACAGUAUUGCACAUCCAAACCAACUCUUCAGGAAUACUAACACAACAGGCCUUGUUUGGAAACUUACUCCUUAAUAAGGUGCUCAAAAAGUUCUAACUCAGAAAGGUCGAGCAGAGUUUUCUUGCCUCAAGGUGUGCCUCAAGAGGUGCUUUGUGAGGUCAUAAUGGGCACCAUGGUGACGUUCAGGAACCCCAUACUAUGUCACGCCAGGAGGAACCAGUUGACCAGUCUUGCCUCAAGCCUGCAAGGAGGGUGCUUGCUGGUUGUGGACGAGAGGUAGCAUGGGGCAACUACGGGAGACAACUGCUCCCAGAUGUUGCUUUUUGCUCUUACUUCUCCUCUUUCUUGUGACGCCAUGUCAUGGGCAACCCCAGAAUGUCGCGUGGGAAGCACUGAGUCCAGAUGAUCGUGUUGACGACAUACAAGAAUCAUAUCCCAUUGAAGGUGAUCAAGAACGUCUCCAGGAUUCCAGGGAUCUGCCUGCACACCAUAUAUCUGGGAUGUACCGUUUCCAUCAGCCUCAAGGCUACCCCAGGGCUGUUGCACCUCAGAUUCCUAAUCCACGUUCUCAGAUGGUUCUUGGUUUUGGGCCUGAAGAGUAUUCCAGAGUUGCCGGUGGUGUGAGAACUACGAUGCGUGUGGAACAGAAACGGGGGGAAUAUAACUCUGCGUUUGCAGUGCUUGCCAUCCUGUUCUGUCUGGUCAUUCUGGCUGCUUUGGCUUUCCUGGCAAAACGUCUGCUGAUGAAGAGACAAGAAGAUGCAAUGCCAUUUGAAGCUGUCAGGAAAAAUGAAGACCCAGAUCCAGCAAAUGAAGGGCAAACCAUCGUGAGAUUUAUGAUAGAAAUUGAAGAUCUUUCUGGGGAUUCAAUGUCAAAUCUGAAGGGUCUCCACUCUGCUAUCUCACAAAUCAAUGACAUAUUCAGUCAGUCCCCACAGCGAUCCGCAAAGCAGUCAGGAAUCGCUGAAAGAAGCAAAAAGGCACAAAAGUCACGAAAAGAGGAGAAAAAUACAUCCUGAUGUGGAAAAGCAGUGAAAUUGGGUGAAUCAUAGAACUCCUGGUGGACUUUCCCAGUUCCAGCAGUCCAUUUCAUUCUGUCCAUACUUAAGGAUGACCAUUAUAGCAUUCACCGCUUAUUCCAUAUCAUGACAUCAUGCCCAAGUUGUACAACAGAUAUAUGUCAUCUAUACAGUCAAUAAACUAUAAUUACCAUCAUA